AUGGUAACAUCACCGAUAUUGAAACAUACUAUAUCUUUUGAUUAUCCUCAAACUAUAAAUGAUCGAGAUAUUGCAAUGAAAAAAUCGUCAUCAUCAUCUUCGAUUAUAGAAGAUGAAAAUAAAAUUCUUGAUGAAACAGUUUCUGAAAACAGCAAAAUAGUUAUUCAAGAAUUAUUUCAAUCUAAUAAAGAUCUUAAAAAAGAAAUUCAUGAUAUUCAUCGACAAUUAAAACAUACUAUUGAAAUAAAUGAACAAUGUGUUGAUCGAACGUAUAAUAUGAGAAAUAAUACGAAAAGAAAUAAAAUGAAGAAUAAUCAUAAGUGUUCAAUUUAUUCUGAUGAAUUAAAGAAAUUAGAAAAAUAUAAAAUGAAAGCAUUAAUGUAUAAACAACAAUUUGAAACAUGUCAAAAUAUUAUUAUUAAUCUUCGAAAAACAAUUCAAACAAUGGAAAAACGACAUGAAAAAUUGAAUAUUAUAGAACAAAAACAAAUUGAUACUAAAAAAUAUCAAAGUCUUUCUACCGAUCAUAGAUUUAUUCAUGAAUUAUUUCAUUUAUGUUUUCAACAUUUGACAAAUUCUUCGAAAUCAAGAACAACAACUCCUUCUCAUCAGGAUAUGAGAACAUAUAUACAACAAACAUUUAAUUAUUUAAUAAAAAAAUCAUCUAAAGUAUAUCAAUUUUGGAUUGGUGAACGAUGA